AGUUCCACGUUCUAACUACACAAUGGACGAAACCAUUCGUCGGGGUAGCAAUUUUUAACUAACUACUAUAUAGUAAGCCGGCUCGUGCAUUCGUUUUAUUUGUAAUGGCCACAGAAAAAUAGCUAUGCUACCUACGUUCGCCAUAGAUAGUAACGGAUGGCAAUGUUUCCCGAAGCUCUUGCACUUUCUCGUCGUUGUCAAAUGGUUUUAUCCCGAGACUAUAAUAUAUACGGUGACGUAGCCGCCGCCAUCUUGUCUCUGUGUGCACGCCAGGUGGUUAUUUGCGGUGCUAGGCCUGUGCGGUCGCUACACCUGCCUCCUCCUUGGCAGUGUGCGCCGGUUAUCAAACGACCUGUCGACUUUAGCUGUGGUCAGGAUUGGACGUUUGCGCGCCACCGGGGCCUUCCGCCUGCUCUUGAUUAUCCGCUUCCUCAACGUUCUCUGUCAUCUCCUUUAUCCCGUCACAGCGCGGAACGAGUCUGGACUAUGGGUGGGUCGGGGUGUAUUAGGGUGCGCGGCACACUGAGCAGUGCAGGUUUGAUGCAGUGGGGUCCGUUGGGGUCCCUGGUCUUUUCUUGACAUGGAUCCCCCUGGAGCUCUCGCCUUCACGACCGCCAGCCUCCCCCUACAGAGACAACAACCCCGGUUCCCCAAUACCCACACAGCCAGUCUCUCAUAGUAGUACACCAGUGCAGCCGCCCCUUUAACUGAGUGUCUCCUCGUGCGAUUCCUCUCGAACACUUGCAUCAAAGUUCGGAAUGAUCACGUGUGACGACUUAAUCGCUCCAACUUUAUAAUGGGAUGUCGGACAUGCAAGUGUCUAGUGACAGGGUAACUGCCUAGUACAAGGCCUUUUUGGUCCAGUCUACUUCCCGUAGCGCGUACUCUUUUAGCUCCCUGGCAUCAUGGCGUCCCUCCCCAGGGGCUGUCAGCUGCACUCAAACAUGGUCCCAAUCUCUGGCCAAAUCCCAGGAACCGUGGGAAAACUCAACUUGUGCUGUGAACAAUUCCUCUCACCCUACCACACAGAUAAAUAGUAUAGAUUGUCACGAUAUACAAGCUGUAGACGGGCAGUUGGCCUAAAUCGAAUUGACACCAUUGGAGUUUAGAAUGCAGGCUUGAGGAUGGCUUAAGUUUUAGUCUGGAGUUUUCUUUUCUUUGGGCAGGGAGACUUGACAUGCCUGUGGAAGAUGGGUUUUAUGGUACAGGAUAGUGGCAGGGAAUAAAUUUAUAUUUUUGUUUCAAUUAUACCCUGGUGUUUUAACUUUUUUUUUAAAUGUUGGAAAAAUGCCUCUUUUAGUUCCAUCGAAAAACACCAACCUGUAUGUCACGACUGUACAGCCCUAUAUAUUUCCUGACCCUGAUAGUAAGGCUUAAACACGCACACUGCCUGAGUAGUGCUUUGGGUUUGCUCUGACCAGUUGGUUUAGUCACGUAAAUGGCUUGUUUUUGAUAAACUGGUGUCCUAGACGUGCAAAAAUAAAUACCUGCAAUUAGCAACAAGCUUUAUAAGCGUUUGCACCAGCUCUUACAAAAAAAAACAACAAAAUAUGGGGGACCCAAACUCUCGCAAGAAGCAGGCUCUUAACAGACUGCGCUCUCAGCUACGGAAGAAGAAAGAGUCUUUAGCUGACCAGUUUGAAUACAAGAUGUACGUCGCUUUUGUGUUCAAGGACAAGAAAAAGAAGUCGGCUUUAUUUGAGGUAGCUGACGUGAUUCCAGUUAUGACCAAUAACUAUGAAGAAAAUAUUCUGAAAGGUGUGCGGGAUUCCAGCUAUUCCCUGGAAAGUUCCCUUGAGCUUCUACAGAAGGAUAUAGUACAGCUUCAUGCACCUCGCUACCAGUCCAUGCGCAGGGAUGUCAUUGGAUGCACUCAAGAGAUGGACUUUAUUCUUUGGCCACGGAACGACAUAGAGAAGAUUGUCUGUCUUCUUUUUUCAAGAUGGAAGGGAUCGGAAGAACCCUACAGGCCAGUUCAGGCCAAGUUUGAAUUUCAUCAUGGAGAUUAUGAAAAACAUCUUCUGCACAUUCUGAGCCGAAAAGACAAGACUGGUAUUGUUGUAAACAAUCCUAGCCAGUCAGUGUUCCUAUUUAUUGAUAGACAACAUUUGCAGACUCCGAAAAGCAAAGCUACAAUCUUCAAGUUAUGCAGCAUCUGUCUGUACCUGCCACAGGAGCAGCUCACCCAUUGGGUAGUUGGCACUAUUGAGGAUCACCUCCGCCCUUACAUGCCAGAAUAAAGUUUUGACCAGUCAAACUGGGAAGAUCAGUUAUUAGCAGCAAUUUCUUUUCUUCUAAAUUACAGAAGAAUAUGGACUCAUGCUCAGAACACUUGUAUGUUGUGAAUCUUCAUGCUGGAUAUUUUUUCCUCAUUUUGCAUCAGAACUUUUUUUUUUUUUCUUUAAUUUCUUUUUUUUUUUUUUUUUUUUUUACUUGUGUGUGGACCUUGUGAAGAGAGGAUGUUCGAUACAUCUUGUUGUAGAUUCUUAAAAUGUGAAUUGAUGGGACUGUGACACACUGAAUCAAAUGUAUCUGAAACAACAAGGUAUUUUGUUUGGUGGUCUUCCCAUUUGCACUGGUCAUUCCCCUAACAUCACUUAGAUGACAGUAUUGAGGGUGAAAAAAAAAUGAAUGUAAGCUGUAUAAAUAGCUUCGCUGCUUCACUGUAUUAUGAAAGCACUAUCAAUCUCUUAAAGCAUACACUAUGUUGGCUUACAAUGAAGACUGGCUCAGAUAUAUCGAACAAGAAAUGGUUUAUUCAGCAUUUGCUUUCAUAUCUUAGUUUGCAGGGCAGUGAAAGAGAACUGGCACUUUGAUAUCUUCUCUCAGUUGCUGCAUAAUUGUUUCCCUACCUAUGGGGCACAAGCCUAGGAGUCUGCAGUAACUAAUAUAUAUUAAAACAAGUUCAAAUUCUUGGACAUCUCAAAAACCAUGUUUCUGAAGAUAGGAAUCGAAAUACAAACCUGCUGGCGAUUUGUGCAAAUAUGACUUUUUCCUAAAAUAAAGUAAUAUUUCUAUAGUUAAAAAAAAAAACCCACCCUUGGUGGUGGUUUCAAUAAAGUAAUGUUAGAACACUGUUACAAAUUGUAAAAGAAGUUUGAAGUGUGAAAUUUGGUUCAAAGAAUCAUUUUUUAUUUUGUGCAAUGAUAAGGUUGACUACUGUAUUGUUUUAAGAGAAGGCUUUUCUAAAAGGUUUCUGCGCCUUUUAUGGAUUAACUUGUAUAGGCCUAUUCCCUUUGGCUAAUACUAGUGCUUACCUGAUUUAAAAUUGUAUCUAGCUUUUGUUUGAAAUUGGAUUACAUUGGAAAUUAAAAUAAAUGAGUUGAAAUCUGA